AUGGGAUUUCUUACCCUAAAACGGCUUAUCCAUCAUUCCAGUACUUUUGGAAAGUAUUUUAAUAAUCGAUGUUAUCGCAAGUCUUGCUCCAAAUGUGGAGCAUUGAAUAUUUUAAAGGUUCUAAAUUGUACAAUAUGCGAUUCCCCCCUUACAGAUUCGGAUAUCCGAAUCUCUCCAGUUGAUCCACUCAAAAUUCUAUCCAAUACUAAAGAUCCUCCAAAUAAAAUAUUUUCAUGCUUCGAUUACAUAAUAACAAUAUAUAUACAACCUAUUGCAGAUAUUCACUUAUCUGCUAUACCUAGAGGAACUUUUUAUGAUAUUAUGAAUUUCAGGCCCUCUCACAUUCAAUUGAUUAAAAGUAUGCAAAUAAAAUGUGAAAGCAUUCUGAAAAAAUUGACUGAUAUUAAUAGGGAGGACGCUAUUUAUGGAUUUAAUUACCCUAACCCAUUUAGCCACGUAGCAAUGCAUUGCAUUGUACCUCCUGUUAAAAAUAACAAUCUGUUAAAACCUCCGUAUUACUAUCCUUUAAAUAAAGUCUUAAACGAUUUGGAACAUAAAGGUAGAGUCAUUCCUUAUACUCCCAAGGAAGUCCAACAUCUUUACAAAAAGAAAUAUUAA